AUGUCCGAUUCGGAAAAUGGGAAUGGCUACCCCACACAACAGCCCCAGCUUUUGCCCCCCGGUGCACCGAACCCGGCGACCACUGAUAUCAACGACCACGAAGUCGAGGUCACACAGGCCGAUGAUGUGCCUGAAAUCGUGUUAACAAAGAUGCCGAAAUUCGGGUUGCUUGAACACGACACAAACAACCCACGUGCUUGGACUAUUGUUGUCGAAUACGCUCUUGCUCCUUUGCGUUUGAGGAAGAUCAUUGACAGCAAUGUCGCAAGACCUUCUUCAGAUCAUCCGAAAUACGAUAGAUGGGUGUUCUGGUCUUGCACGAUUGCAAGCUGGAUGUACAUACAGAUCGACACGACUCUCCAAGAGAAAAUCCAGAACAUGACGAUCCUUCCCAAAUACGCAGAUGAGAUGAUGGAUGAGAUAAUGUUGAUGGUUCAAGGCAACCUCAAGGGCGACAAUGCGCUCAACGAGAUCAGUCGAUUUAGCAACUUGAAGCGUUCAAAGUUCAAUUCGACAAAGGAGUUCAUCACUGAGUUCCAGAAACAGUACUAUGUGCUGUCUAGAUUCAAGAUUCAACCUCACCCAUUCCAUGCUCUCGCCCAGAUCCUUACAGAACUUGAGAACGAAGUCCCAAAGGUUCAGUUCAUUGUCGAGGAACUUGGUAGGAUCGAACCAAAGAAGAUUACUCUCAGUCACGUAGAAUAG